UCCAAAUUGUUGAUGUGAUCCUUCCUUUUUUUUUUUCCUUUCUUUAUUUUGUUCUCUUCUAAUAAAUUAAAUCUCAUUCUACUAUCAUCUAAUCUCUCCCCCCAAAAAAUUCUUCAAUUCUCCCAAUAUCAUCAAUUAAAAAAAAAUUGUAUUACUAUUAUGUCAAAUGACAAAGGCAAAGACGUGGUAGAAGGAUCAUCAAGAUCUGGUGGCUGCGGCGAUCAACCGCCGUCACCACAGCUGAGCCGCUAUGAGUCUCAGAAGCGGCGAGAUUGGAACACGUUUGGGCAGUACUUGAGGAACCAAAGGCCGCCGGUCGCCCUAUCGCAGUGCAACGCCAAUCAUGUGUUGGAAUUUUUAAGGUACUUGGACCAGUUUGGAAAGACUAAGGUUCACAUGCAAGGUUGUGUGUUUUUUGGGCAGCCAGAGCCGCCAGGCCCUUGCUCUUGCCCCCUUAGGCAGGCUUGGGGUAGCCUCGACGCGCUGAUCGGCCGCCUGCGCGCCGCCUAUGAGGAGAAUGGAGGCCUCCCUGAGACCAACCCUUUUGCCAGUGGAGCCAUAAGAGUUUAUCUUCGUGAUGUUAGGGAUUCUCAAGCCAAGGCGCGUGGGAUUCCUUAUACCAAGAAGAAGAAGAAGAGACUUAAUCCAAUCGUUAAACCUAAUAAUAAUAAUAACGAUCAUGAUGAACAACAUAGCUCCAGCUUUACCAUGCAUCAUCAUCACCAGUGAUGGUUUUUGAUUCAGCUGUGGCUUUUUCUCGAAAUUCCCUAAAUCAAAGCAGCUGCAGGCUCCUCUCAAGUCCAAAUUAUAGCAAAUUAAGCUGUCGUAAGAGUUUAUGGAGCUGCAUGUGCAUCAUCCAAUGGAAUAUGUUGCACACUCUAUAUAUGCUUAAUCAAGUAUUCUCUUGUUCUUUUUUCCUAUAUAUAUAUAUAUAUAAAUAUAGCCCUAAUUAAAACAUAAUAUAGUGUUUAAUGAGGGAAAAUUAAGAUAAUCAAGUGAAUGAGAGGUGAAAACUAACGCUGCGGUAAGUUCUGCGGCCAUAUUCUAUCUAUAAAUAUAUAUACUUUUCCUCUUGUGAUUGUCAUUAGUACAAUAUCGUUUAAAAACUUCUUUUUUUGGGUUAGUUAAUAGCUUAAUAGACCAACAUAUCCCAGCUAGUCUGUCUUCAAAGAAUAUUAUUGUGUUUCAUGUUGUUCUUUCA